AUGUCCUCAUCUGCUGUAGCCCCGAAUGCCGACACGCUAUUUCACCAUACGGAGCCCAGUGUCACGAUCCAGCCUCCGGGGUCAACCGACUGGCAGGGCGCUAGCUUGCUGUUCUGGAAAGCCGUCACGACAGCGCGUAUUGGUGUGAAGCUGGGCGUGGCUGACUAUCGCCACGUGGCUAUCGAGCUAGGUCGACACAUUCGAGGACUAGGUAUCCAGCAGCUCGAGGUUGAUAUGGGUGAUGAGGCCAACUGUGACAACGCGCAGAACUUUGAGGACCGGCUUACUGGCGAAGCACGCAGGCAGAACAAGGUCGAGUACGUUUGGGGACUACAGGCCACGAUCGCGCCCCAUGUGGCCAGAUUGGCUUGGCAGCCCUGCGAAUGCCCCCUCAGGGGCGACAAAGACUGGAGUAAUGUUGAUGCUUCUCAUUCCGCGAAUACCUGGACGAGUGGAGGAGGACGAGCUUCUGGGCACCAAUUCGAACAUGUGAGGACCCCCGGGGCUCGGAGCCACCGCCCUGAUGCAUCCGAGCCAGCACUACUGGCGAGGCCGGGCAAGUGCUCCUGUGUCGGACUGUUGAUAUCGCUGGAGGAAUGCUUCUUCGCAACUCUCAGCAGCCAAUCUUAUGUCCCCUUAGAAGACCACUUUCGAUCUCUCCAUAGAGCGUAUGGUUGCAGUGCCUUCGGAGUCAUGGAUCGCCUUAGAAAGCCGGGUACAAUACAUAGUAGGUCACCAGCAUUUGACGAGACCUUAGGCUGCGCUGCCAAGUGUGCUGCGACUGAAAAUACAAUGCCAUGGAAAGAGGCGCACUGA